GUCAAAAGUUCCUCUGCCUCCCAAUCCCAACCCCGCUCUCCCCCACACUACAAAUUCCCCACCUUGCUCUCUCCCUCCCUCCCACACUCAACCCUUCUUCCCUCCAUGCCCGUCAACCUCACGGCUUCCCCUGCAAAACCCAACAAGACUCCCUCAAUUGCCCUCCAUAAUUGAGAGCUAUGGGAACAAUUGUGUUCCAAAGUACAACAAAGCCCUCUGUUGAUCCCCAGUUCUUCAUGGAGCCACAGCCGCUUACUCUGAGGCUCCGACUGGCUCCACCAGCACCACUCUGCCAACCCUUUGAUCAGUCCCCCAUGAAACCGACAUCAGAAUCUGCAGAGCUCAGCCAAAGAAUCAAACCCCCAGAAACGGAUGUUUGGGACUUCUUGGAUGUUCCUCGGGAGCCCCUCUACACCGACAGCCCGAUACCAUCAAGACUCUCUUCGUGCCCUUCUUCUCCUUCAUCCUCUUCUUGCAGCUUCUCGUCAGUGCUGAGUGCGAAAAGCUUGGAGCUUUGCACCGAAAAACUCGGGAACGAGACAGGCUGCACGGAGAUCACGGAGGCCAAUCUCUUCUCUCCUGUUCCUUCUCCAGAGGGUGCUGCCGAUCGAUGGGGGAACUCAAUAAAACGCGUCACUGCAAACAAGAGAGCCGGCCCGAGGAGCUUCCCGCCUCCACUGACGACAAUAAGGGGGAGGGAAUCUGUUCAGCUCUUGCCCCACCGCGAAGACGGGCGGCUGGUAAUCGAAGCCAUCAAGGACCCUGUGGCUUACAGCAGACUCCAGGCCGAGAGAAGCCACGGCCGGCUUCGGCUCUGCUUUUUGAAGGAGCCGGCUCUGGCUUAUGAUCCCGAGCCUAUCGACUGCCAAGAAAUGGCCCAAGACGAACAGAUUGAAGGAGAAUAUCUGUGCAGGGAAGAAGAAGAAGAAGAAGAAGAAGAAGAAGAAGUGCAGAUAGAAGAACAAGAAGAACAUGUUGAUUGCUUGGGAAGGGACGUGGAUCAGAAAACUGAAAAGUUUGGGGCUAAAAUAGGGAGUGUGGAAAUGUUUGCAAGGCCGGAGAGGAGGUGUACGGAAGGUGGUGAGGUUGAGGGCAAGAAGAGACUGUUGUAUUGGGGGCCUUUCUUGGUUGCUGCAUCUUGAAUUUUGACCCAUUUUUUGGCCAAAAUUUUACAAUUCCUCUUCGCCAACUUUUCAAUGAGAAAUCCUUCUGUGAUUAUAUAUUAAGUUCCAUUUUUA